AUGGCGGUAAAGCCGGCUGAGCUCGAUGCAGAGCUGCCUCGUGUCAAAAGGCAGAAGCUCAGUCGAGACGUGCCAACCGCGGUCGAAAGCGAGGUCAAUAUCAAGUCUACUGAAGAUCUCAAGAAGUCGCUGGCCUUUGAGCAGGAUGCUGGUCCUAAUGCUAUGAAAAGAGUGAAGGAAUUGAAGUCUUUCUUGACUCAACUUCAAUAUGGUAAGGAGCCAGAAACGAAGAUUGUGAACCAGUCAAUCCUACUGGAAGUCUUCAAAUCGAAAAGCCCCUCAGCAGUGGAGCGGAGCAGAACCGCUUUCACCGAUCUCAUUCAAAGUUGGCAUUUUGCCGUCCAAGCUGGUGUUGAGAGUUUGUGCUCUGCGAUUUCAGCUGUAUUCGCGUUACUGCUUAAGUCCAUUUCUAGAAUCCCUGAUUUCCGGGACUACGGCGUAGCGCUAUGCCGUGAACUGCUACAUGAAGAUCACAUGAACCUGUUCGACCGAAGUUUGACCGCUCACAGAUCUAAAAAACACUUGAUCGGUCCUUGCAUUCGCCUCUUGACAGAGGUGGUCCAGUUUGACGGUGGUAGCUGUGCAAAAAUCAUCUACCGCCAACGAGCAACAACUUUUCAGCGCCUCGAAGUCUUUCUGUCAAUGCAUAAAGAGGCUAAUGAGCAGGACGACGACAGUAGCAAGAGGCGACCAUCCAUCCGUGAGAUUGCUCUAGAGUAUUUGAUUGCAAAUGUCAAGUUUCAAACCGACAAGGCAAAGGGCUUCCUGCUUAAACAUAAUUUGAUUGUACGCGCUUGGCUUCGAGAUGUGCCUGUCGAUCCAGCCUGGGCGGUUAGAAAGACUCUUCAAACAUUGACGAAGGAUGUUGCGGAAGACGCAUCUCUUGAUUAUCACACCAAAAUCUAUCUGUUCGACAGUUCGGCUCUCACUGAUCUGUCCAAACUGUAUAAUUACAAAGGUAGCGCUGACGUCACAAUUCAAUCUCAAAUGAGGGAAUUGAUUCAGGAUUUCCUGCUCGUGCUGCUAAACUCGCGUACACACGGGCUGCUCCAGCCUUCCCUAGACCCUGUUCGCCAUCAUAGACGGCUCGAUGAUGUUAAGACCUCUAAGAAGGACAAGGAAAGCAAGAAACAUGAUGCAAAGGAUGAUUUCAAAGCGAGAAGAAAUGUGAUUCGCUUUCUCCAGUAUCUUCGCCCUCAUGCGGACCUUUUCCAUAGCGAUCUCAUCGUCAAAGCCUUCGACACUGAUCCAACAUUGAGCAAGGACUACUUCUCAGCAGAAACAACUUUCAGCUUUGACCCGAAAUUGACAGCUACCUGGGUUGGCUACUCUAGGUUCUUACUUGCUGUCAUUCAGCUACCGAUUCCUACGUCGCUCAUUGGCGAUGGUGCCCUAGACGAUGAAGGGCUUUCUGUGGUUGUGAAUUGUCUGCUGCCUCAGCCACUGCAGGCGAAGACUCUUACAAGAUGUUUGAACCAACACUCACGAUUAGUCACAUUCUUCACUAUCAACAUUCUGAUUGCUGCGUUCAAGAAACUCGACAGCGUCACUCGGAAAUUGGCAAAGGCACAUAAUAAUUUUUUCUCACACAAUUACGAAGAAGAUCUGAAAGCUAGAUUUGCAGCUCGAUGUCCAGAUAUGAGACAUGUCAUAGCUCAGUUCCAUUCUUGCCCCAAAGAUAAGCAGUCUUUCCGUGAAAAUAUCACAAACCUACUCUCGCUAUAUUGUCGAUUGAUUCCCGAAGUUGCGCUGGAAGAAAAGAUUGAUGUUUCUGUUGUACUGUCAGAAAGAUUGACAGCAGCGCAAGAAAGUUCCGAUCAGGAGCUGUCUGUCGGUCUCGACGCACGAGAACUCGAACACUUAUUAGAGGUCGCUAUUCGAUCUCCUGGCAUGAAAUGGUGGCAUAAACCUGGUAUGAACCGUCAAUACCUGAUUAAAAUCUUCAGCUUUUUUGCUAAUAUCUUGGAAGGAAACGAUAAGUCUUCGCCUUUCAUAGCUCUAUUACGGCUGUGUGCUAGGCAUCCCCGUGAUCAGCGUCAUACUGAGCAAAUAUUGAACGUUAUUAGCCAAGAUAGUGGACUAUUUAGACCCUCGCCGGAAGCCAAGGGACUUAGCAUAUUACUUGCUACUCUUCGAUCCUUGGACGGCGAGCUUGAGACUGACGUGUACAGCUUUCUUGAUAACACAAUUUCACGCCUGCCCCAAAGGGCAGUUGCUUAUCAUUAUCUUCUAAAAGAUAUUACCCGGGAGACUCUCAAUAUUGAUCUUUUACUGAUUGCUGUUUCGGAGCAAUGGCAAUACCAGGCUCAAAUGAACUUCUCAACGUUCGUCUCAAACAUUACGAUCUGGUUGGUCUCGUAUCUAUGCCUUGCGGCACAUUCAAUAAGCAACGGCAACCUGGUCUCGAUUCUUAGCGCGAAAUUACAAGAGCUUGACUCAAAUGAAGAAACUAAAAAGCUUUUCGAGGAAUUAAUUACCCAACACUGCAAUACAGAAAGCCACGAUACCUUACGAGCACCAGUGAAACCCGUUCAGCAGAUGGAGCUUGUUUUACCAGGCGGGCAAACGUCUGAUGUCACAGUGGUAGCUCAGGUCGGUGCGUCAGUUCUAGCAGGUCCAGCGUUAGAAAGAUUAGACCACCCGGAAAUGCAUCGUUGGAAACGAGAAAAAGUACAGGAUGCUGUCUCUGAGCAUAUGAUUGGUGAGCUCGUUUUAUGCUUGUGCUCUCAACACAAAGCAGUCCGUCUGGAAUCGGGACAAGCCCUUCAAUCAUUUGUGCAUGCGCUCACGAUAUCGACGUAUCCAGAGCGACACCAGACUGAAUUGCUUAUACGUGAACUGAUCGAGACGACUAGGAAAAUCGGACAUGCAAACCCGUUGCCAUAUUUCGUAGGAGCCUUGACUGCAGGCCUUUUACAAGUACUCGAUGAUCCUUUGCACUUCAUGUACUCGAAGGCGAACAAGUUCUUGCACAGAAGUCCAUCGUGGAUCGUUCAGAAACUGCCGUCGUAUUGGAUUGACAAGGUCAUCCUACAUGGACCGUCUGAUACUGAAAUGCAACAUUGCGAGGUACAGUGGCUUCUUAACAUUCUCCUCGAUGGCCUUCGCACUUCAGAUGAUAUGGAGCUUUACCGCCAGUGUCACGUUUUUGAGCACCUACUUUCAAUAGCUGUCUCGCCGGUCGUGCCAGAUAUCUGCUAUGACAAAAUAGUCGAGCUCCUAUUUCGAUGCACCUACGUCAAUGGAAGCACUACGCUGAUAACGCGUUAUGGACUGCUUAGCUGGAUUGCGUCUUGCGUUGAGCAGAAAAGUGCGGAUUCUCGAGAGCGGCUGCUCUCGCUGGCAGCAAGAAUGUACGAUACUGCAGAUCAUGACCGGCUUAAUGACUGGAGCGAUGAUAGUCAUGCGGCCACCCUCAGACAGUUGAAUCUGUCCAAAGGCCCAUGCAUAAUACUCUAG